UUGGAUUUACUGGACAAAUUACGUUCAAAGAAGAUGCAGGCAACAGGUACUCUUAGAAAGGCAAACAUACCUAAAAACUGCAAUUUCAAAACUGACAAUGAGUUGAGAAAACAAGGACGUGGUUCUUCGGAUCAACUCGUUCGCAGUGACGGUAUUGUGGCAUGUCUAAAGUGGUUUGAUAACAAACCAGUAAUAAUGGCAUCAUCUGUUGAUUCCAAAGAACCCAUCAACAAAUGCAGACGUUGGUGUAAAAAAACUAAACAGUAUAUCCAAAUUGACAGACCAUUUGCAAUAGAGCAAUAUAAUACCAUGAUGGGCGGUGUAGAUAUGUUGGACAGGGAACAUCCUAGAAAUCUGAUUCCAGAACUCUGCAAACAGUUUUACCAUUUGGGAUGGGUCACAGGAACUGGUGGUGGUAUAUCUAUAAAAGAAGGAGAAAAAAUCUACAUUGCACCAUCUGGAGUUCAGAAAGAGAGAAUGAAGCCAGAUGAUUUAUUUGUACAGACUAUUCACGACGAAGACUUAGAACUACCUCCACCAGAAAAAAAGCUCAAGAAAAGUCAAUGCACACCUCUGUUUAUGUUAGCGUAUCGCGAACGCAACGCCGGUGCUGUCAUACACACGCAUUCGCCGCACGCAGUUCGCUGCACGUUAUUAUUUGACAAGGAGUUUGUCAUCACACAUCAGGAGAUGAUCAAGGGUAUAAAAGAUGCCCAACUGGGGCGCUGCUUGCGAUACGACGAGAAAUUAGUUGUUCCAAUCAUUGAAAACACGCCGUUCGAGAAGGAUCUAGCGAGUAGCCUUGGUGAAGCAUUAAGGAAAUAUCCUGGCACAAGUGCAGUACUGGUCCGUAGACACGGAGUAUAUGUGUGGGGCGAUACGUGGCAGCAGGCAAAAACUAUGACCGAAUGCUACGAUUACUUAUUUGAGAUGGCAGUAGAAAUGAAGAAACUUGGACUGGAUCCGGCACUUAAUCCAGAAAUGGUACAAAACGAAACGGAAAAUGGGAAAUAA